UUUUUGCAUCACUCAGUGCGCUGGUCCAGUCUCCACUGGCCAGGAGCUCUACUGACAGCCUUGUGUGCCACUAGCUUGCUUACUUGCCAUGCCAUUGAUCAAAACAGUGACAGCACAGCCCUGAUUGGCGGCUGUGCUGUUCUGCUCCUCCUUCUGGCCGGCCUGGUUUCCAUGGCAGCUCUCCAGCAGCUGAAGAGUUCAGAGAUGCCUCGGCGAGUAGAAAUGUUACUGAGCUCCUUGCAGGAAUUUUUGCAGCACCCUCCAUCUGAUUGGCUAAAAGGCACCGAGGACUUAUUUACGCCUUCUUCUCCAGCUGUGUCACUGCAGUGGACCUACCGGGACGGCCGACUGGUCAACCUGCCUGUCAGUCUGCUCGUGGAAGGUGAUAUCAUCUCUCUGCGGCCAGGCAACGAAGCCCCCACUGAGCUGAGAGGCAUCCAGGAAGAGGAGCAUGUCGUCCUUUCUCGCAGUGAUGUGUUCAGUCACCUAUCCUCCCCUCCAUCUCCACUGGACAACGGGAGGCCGUGUCCACACCGCUUGGUUCAGCCUCAGCUCUUCAGGGUGACCAAGACUCCAGCGGUGGAAGUGGUUCAGAGAUGUUUGGAGCUCUCUCAGCACAGACCGAUCUCGGUGUUGGAUAACGAACGCUUCACUGUGCAGAGUUUACUGGAGAGAGGUCCUGUUCCCCUCGCACUGGUACUUUUGCUGAUGCUGAAUAUGCUGCGUUACAUCCUGGGGGCUCCAGGAGUCGGACCUUGGCCUGUCACGCUUCUGCAGCUUCCAGUGAACGGCAUUCUGCCCCUGCUGCCCUUGACCUUCCCGUCGCUAUGGUUACUGGUGGGCAUAUAUGGGGAGGUCCGUGUGCUUCUUCAGAUGGGCCCGCAGCCAACGGACUGGUGGGAAGUGUGGAAGAUGACCUGCAGAACAUUUUUCACGGUGCUUGGAGGCCGAUCGCUGAGUCUUUGUCACACAGCGAGUCUACUGCACAGCCUGGGCUCUGUCACAGUGCUGUGCUGUGUUGAUAAGCAGGGCAUUCUGUCUUGGCCCAGUCCAAACCCAGAGAAGAUUCUGUUCUUCAGCAAAACAUCUGCCUCUCACGAAACUGAGAGAGUGAAACAAAAGGAGAAAGACAAAGACGAAACUGGCUCCAAAGAGCUUGCUCAGACACGCCCCCUCUGCAGUUUGGAGAUGCUGAGUCUGUCAGUGGGACGGGCACACUUUGAUGACACGCGUGUCCAGUUUGAUGACAUGCAGUGGCAGCGCCAUGCUCCAUCUCUUCAGCCACUGGGACUGGCCGUGCAGCUGCUGCUCUCUAACCCUGUGGUGGCAGCACGCAUACUCCACCUGUCUGACCACCUCACCCACGCUGCCCUGCUGCGCACGCGUCCCCCAUGUCAGCCCGUGCGCCCACCCUGGGGACUCUACCAACUCCCAGGGAUACUGGGUGAGUCAGGGUCAUCUAGUUCAGUGGAUUCUCUGUCCUGGGUGCUCACUGUCCGGCACAGCGAGCUACACCUCUUCUCUUAUGGCUCUGCUGAUGUUGUACUGGGAGCAUGCACUGAAUUCUGGGACGGAGAGGAUCUUCAGCCCCUGACCGACUCAGACAGAAAGAAGGUGGUGGAUUUUUACCAGCGCUCCUGCAUGGCUGGACAGUGUGUCGCCAUGUCAUUUAAGCCCCUGACCCAACCUUACGACCCCGAGAUAGAUGGAAUGUGUGUAGAAAUGCCACUGAAUCAAGGUGCUGAGACGGCAGGGGACCUUUCUUUGUCUCCCCUCAGGCAGCAGGUAUUCCUAGGUCUAGUUUCCUCCCAGUACCAGGCACGACCUGACAUGAUAAGACUCAUCUCAGGACUGGACAGCGCAUGUAUUCGCUUUGUUUACUUCUCCAACGAGGAGGAGGUGCGAAGCAAGGUGUUUGCUGAAAAGAUGGGCUUAGAGACGGGAUGGAACUGCCACAUCUCUCUUCAAUCAGAAUGCUUCCCUCUUGAUCCAGAAAAUAUUGAGGUGCCAGAAAGGGCAGAAGAGCAUUCAUGUCUGCUUGGAGAACGUGACUCUGAUGAGUCAAGGACAAUGGACCAUGAUGGGGCAUGUCUGAUUGAAGAUUUAAACAGGGCCAAACUUCCUAAAGGCAUUGAGAAUGUUCGGCCUCACCUGGAGCACAUUGAUAAUGUCCCAUUACUGGUCCCUCUCUUCACAGACUGCACGUCUCAGACUGAGUAUGAGAUGGUGUGUAUUAUGCAGGAGUAUGGAGAAGUUGUGUGUUGCCUUGGGAGCAGUCAGAACAUCAACAACAAUGGCAUCUUCCUGCAGAGCGACAUUAGUAUUGCUUUAGAGCCUCUGGCUCCCACGUGCACUCAGUCCAGUUCCGAUGCCCAUCAGAGGCCACCACACUCCCAAGACUCUGUAAGUCUGGCUCAGCUCUCUAGCGCCAUCUGUGGGCUGGCCUGCACAGUGCAGCUCCACCACCAGGACAACAGCACGGUCAUCAAACUCAUCAAGCAGGCUCGCCACAUUACAGCUGGCAUCAGGAAAUGUUUUCUGUUUCUCCUACAGUGUCAGCUCUCCCUCGUUCUGAUCCAGAUUCUGGCGAGUGUGUGCCAGCUGCCUCCUCCUCUGGCUACCAGUGAUGUCCUCUUUCUCUCUUGUUUAUAUUUCCCUAUGCUCAGUGUGUCCUUGCUGGGAAAACCAUCUGACAGUUCCAUCAUGAAAGUUCCUACAGGGAAAAAUCUGAGAUUCCUACCAAAAAAGACUCUACGUUUCUUCAUGCUGUGCUUCCUGGUGAAGUUUGGCCUGACAGUGUGCAUCUACUUAACAUGCUUCGGCCUCGUUCUGCACAGCUUCUGCCUCGAAAUAAACCAUGAAGAUGAAAAGCUCUGCCACCCAACAGCUCUGCUAAUGAAUUCAACAGUGUGGUCUCCAGACUGGUACGGCAAACAUUCGGAUGGUCUGUCUCUAGCACAGAAAGUCAUCGCCUUCCUCGUGCUGCUCUACGCUAUAUGUACAUCUGUCAGUCAUGUCCACCGCUCAGCCCCCAUGUGGAAGCAGAGCCCACUGAGUAACCAGAGCUGGUGUGCGGUCGUGUGCACUGUGCCCAUAUUUAACGUUUCCAUAACAAUGGGUUCCCGACUCCUCUGGCAUGACGUGAUGUCCCACCACACUUUCUACAUCAGUGACGUACCCAUGGCCACGUGGCUGCUUGGAAUCUUCUGGCUAAUCCCUCUCAUAUUCAUCAACGAGGGGAUAAAACUUCAUGAGAUCAGGAUGAGGGUAAGGUACCAGAAGAGGCAGAAACUACAAUUUGACACUAAACUUGGAAUGAAUUCUCCCUUUUGACACAAUUUGGGGUAACCAUAAGAUGGCAGCACUGGCCUGAGAACACUGGAGGCCAAAAACUACAGAAAUCAAUACUGAACUUAUUGAAAUGUUUGCAUGUUUGUCCAUAUUUUUUAUGUAUAUUUUUCCACAGUGUCUAAAUGUUUAUCGAUCUGUUUGUUGACUUUUUGGGAAGUAAAGGGAGUAACUCUGUGUCUGCUUUAUUAAUUGGUAAACUCAAAAAACCCAUGGCAUGGAUGUGUUUCCUAAGA